AUUCAGUUGAUUUGUAACGCUCUGGUUUUAGAUUUUCAAGUAUAUGUUUCUAUUCAGGAUAUAUUUACAUUUUAUACUAGAGACGCUCGUCGAUGUGCAGUGCGAUGGUAUUCUACAUAG